AUGACAAAACAGAAAAAGGUUAAUUUAGCAUGGCACUUUAAAAAAGGCAAAUUUGCAUUGGCAAGAGAAAAGAACUCAAAACUACGACACAUUCGUACCACAGAGGCUGGAGCUCCCCGCUUCAGGAGCGCAUGCCAGCGACGAAAAAGCAACAGAUGCGUUGUGCUUCUCCAUGCGCUUCCGUCGGUGUGUCUCGGUGAGCUGCCAUUGGAUGCUGUGAUCAGCCGACUCACCAUGGCCACCGUGCGCCGCGAGCAACAGGCUCAACCUGGCCACCCCGCGGGCGCCAAGUAUCGUGCCGCCGCAACCGCGCCUGCGAGCCACUGCUCAGCACCACGUGCCCGCCAGCCCAGGUUGCGGUCGCCGGGGAGCAUGUUGGCUGGCAUCUCACGCGGGCGUUUCCUCACCCCUCUGGAGGAGGAUGCACCAGCCACCGACGUGGCGUUGAGGUCGAUGGCCACGGGAGUGGGCGCGGGCCCUCCGUCCCCCUUCCGCUGGCGCCGACCCGCCGCCGCCCCCUUCCGCAACGCCAGUGGCGCUCCCCCACAAGUUGGUCCUCGCCGCCGGACGAGGUUGUACGCCUCCGGCCAUCCUCGUGCUGCUCCUCCGGCGAGAGCGGCUCCAUUCACAACCGUCGGGCCGCGCUCCACCGCUGACCCGUCUGCUCCUAUCCAGGUCACCGUCUGCUGGCCGCUCCCUUCGGAUCCUAGGCUCGCCCUCUCCGGAUCAAAGGUACUAGUGAGCUUUCGCCAUGUCGAGGCUGCGGGCGCUCUGGCAAGCUUCCGUGAACGCUACCAAGCGAGUUGUUGCCUAUGGCACCCUGUUGUAUGGAAUUCAGAAGAUUUAUUUCCACCAAGUGAAAGAUACAUCUUCAAUUUCAAUUCAAAAGAUGAGGUGAAGAAGUGGCACUUGUACUCGGAUUCAGAGUAUGGAGGUUUAUCAUCCGCAUCACUGGAGAUAACUGAUAGUGUUUCUGGUGGAGAUACUUCAUCAACAGGUGUCUUUUCUGGCAACCUCUCCUUGGAUAUGUCCGAGGGAUCACCAUGGAGGAUCAGGCGGAGUGGUUUCUGCGGAAUGCGAUCAAAGAAGUUUGAUGGUUACAUCGAUCUUGAUUCGUAUGAUACAAUAGCAAUGAAGCUCAGAGGGGAUGGAAGAACCUACAUAUCUACUAUAUACACAGAGAACUGGGUGAAUUCACCUGGACAAGAGGAAGAUAACUCGUGGCAGGCUUUCGUGUACGUACCUCAGGGUAGCUGGCGGAUCUUGAAGAUCCCUCUCGAUAGCUAUUUACCUACAUGGAAAGGAAACGUGAUCGAAGCGAACAUGGAAAUGAAUCCUUCUCGCGUCGUGGGAAUGUCUCUCUCGUUAAAUGCAGAAGGCGGCGUUCCUGGUGCUAAGACUGGGCCAGGCGAUUUUAGAUUAGACGUUGAUUGGAUCAAGGCGAUGAGGUCCCUGUGA